UACCUUCCUAUCUCUCUCCUCGAGAAAGUGAUGCACAUUCUCUCUCAUGAAAGGCACAAAUACCGCGAAAUCAUAGCAAUUUCGCGACCCGCCCCGACUCCGAUAUGGACAUAAACGGUUCCUCCCUAUUCCGUCACCGGAAAACGGCGUCCACUGACCGAUUCCUCAGCGCCUACCCCCGUGCACCGCGACAGAACACCGGGACCACCACCUACGAAAGCGAAGAAAACGAGCUCAAUGAGGACGAUAUAUUCUCCACUGGCGACUUUUCCGAAGCUUCCAACCACCACCAUCACCCCAACUCUCACAAUAGUCCUCCCUCCUCCAACUCCUCUCUGCGCCACCACCAGCUCCAUUCCCAUAGCCAUAAAGCCUUUCCCCAGCCAGAAUCUUUCGGCAUCCUGGCGGCACUUCGGGAGCAUAAAACCAACUCCCACCACCAUUUGUACCAGAAAACAGCGCUUUCUUCGCCCUCCUCAUCUACCUCGUCCUCGUCAAUGACCUCUUCUUCUCGUUUCAUUCCUUCUAUCCCUAAGCCACCGCAGGAGAGAGUGCCCAUUUCUGCUUCUUUUUCUUCUUCCAAGUUCCACCAGCCCCAGUCUGCGCCGGUCAACGUGCCGGUUUUGUCGAUGGCAAUGAGGAGGAGGCAUAGCGAAUUCGACGAGAUUGACAAGGACGAGGAGAAAGGGGAUGGGGAGAUGCUUCCGCCUCACGAGAUUGUGGCGAGGUCGCAGUCGCCGAUGGUGGCGUGCUCGGUUUUGGAAGGGGUUGGGAGGACGCUCAAAGGGAGGGAUCUUAGACAGGGGAAAACAAUUGAUUACUUUGUGACUUGAAGCUGAUGCAAGCCACCGUCAGCCUGCACUAUGAGACUUGAACACGAGCACUGUCUUCUGUAUAUUUUUUUCACUUGAUUUCAUCAUCAAUUUCCAUAGUUGGAGAUAUGUUUGGCAACUUGCUCUAAUAUGACAAAUGAAUUGGAACUCCAUCACCUAA